GAUGCGUAGACACUUAAGCAUCGCCCCACCCCCUCCCCCCUCUGGCGGCGUUCACGUCUGUGCGCGCGCUUGAGCGCUACAAGAUUGAGGUGGCUACCGUAAAUGCCUGAAAAACAAUCACCAGCUGGGACUCUACCACUGCCUCUAGAGGGGCUAUGGACGGUCGUAUGGACCUUGGACUUUGGAGAUGGGGGAUUAUGCCACAUUAAUCUAUGUUUAAAUCUUGGCAGGCUGAGAAUUUCAGGCGGCACUGUCCUAGCCAGCUAAAACUCUUCUCCACCCUAUCGCCCUCGCUGCGCCCUUUCUUUCUGUGCCUCCGGAAGUUACUCUUUCAGUAGGCGUUUGGGGGCGGCACUGGUCGAUUUUGUUCUCGGUUGCUUGGUUGGACUAGAUUUCGGUUCCGCCGGGUGGGCGUUUUAAGGGCUGUGGGCGUCACAUUCGUCGGUGUGUGGCCGAGGGGACAUGACACAUUUUAGGAAAACCAAACGUGCUACUAAGUUGAAGGACUUUUGUCAGGAAAAGGGGCGCCUCUGAGUUUGAGAAUUGGGAGCAAGUGGAGUACGAGUGGACAGAAAGACAAGACCCUGACCGUGGGGAAUUUGAAGGCCGGCCAGCGUGCUUCCGAAGGCCGGGGGUGGAGGCAUUACCGCCUCUCCGUGCCCUCUUCUCUUAACCUGCCCUGGGACAAGGGCCUCGGCCCCGCGAAACUGCGAGUCCUCCAGAAAGACACAUCGCUGCUGGGGUGCCCAACCUUUCUGGGAUUCGUAGUUUAUACCCAGGUCCUGGUUAUGUUUUAGCUAAGAGUUCUAAUAAGCAGCUGUUUAAUGAGCACUUGUGCCAGCCCAUAUACUACGGGUUUUGUGUAUUAUUUUAAAAAGCCUUUUAACAAUGAGCCUUUAACAUUUUUUAGGUGAGUACACUUAGACGAACAUAAGUGUCAGAAUUGACAAAUCCAGGCCUACAGGACUCCAGAUCGAGCACUUGUAAUUUACUGCCCCAAUAAAAAGCUGUUAACAUUUUAGCUUUUUUAUUUAUUUUUUUGAGAGAGGGUCUCACUUUGUCGCCCAUGCUGGAGUGCAGUGGCGCAAUCACAACUCACUGUAGCCUCUCCCUCCCGAGCUCAACCGAUCUUCCCACCUCAGCCUCCCAAGUAGUAGGGACCACAGAUGCGCACCACCACACCUGGCUAAUUUUAUUUUUAUAUAGAGAUGGGGUCUUGCUAUGUUGCCCAGCCUGGUCUUGCACAUUUGGCCUCAAGCAAGUCUGCCACCUUGGCCUCCCAAAGUGCUGGGAUUACAGGUGUGAGCUACUGUGCCUAACCACAUUUUAGCUUUUUAUUACAAAAAUUUUCGGCCAGGCACAGUGACUCACACUUGGGAGGCUGAGGCGGGUGGAUCACGAGGCCAGGAGUUCAAGACCAGGCUAGCCAAAAUGGUGAAACCCCGUCUCUACUAAAAAUACAAAAAUUAGCCUGGCGUGGUGGUGGGCGCCUGUAAUCCCAGCUACUUGGGAGGCUAAAGCAGAGAAUUGCUUUGAACCUGGGAGGUGGAGAUUGCAGUGAGCCGAGAUCGCGACGCUGCACUCCAGCUUGGGCAACGGAACGAAACUCCAUCUCAAAAAAAAAAAAAAUUCAAACAUUACACCAAAAUAGAACAGUAUAAUAAACUCUAAUAUACUGGUCACCCAAAUUUUGGUUUUUAACUAAAUCGCAAGCCUCACCCCUCGGCAAAUUUUUUGUGGCAGUCCGUGGGAUAUAAAUUUAUCAAGCUAGGUGUGGUGGCUCAUGCCUGUAAUCCCAACACUUUAGGAGGCCGAGGUGGGCCGAUUGCUUGAGCUCAGGAGUUUAAUACCAGCCUGGGCAACAUGGUGAAACUCCGUGUCUACAAAAAAUUAGCUGGGCGUGCUGGCGUGCACCUGUAGCUCCUACUCGGCAAUCAUCUGAGCCAGGGAAGUCAAAGUCAUGCCUGGGCGACAGAGUGAGACCCUGUCUUAAAAAUAAAUCAGUAAAUAAAUAAUCUAUCGAGGAAGCCCCACCUCUCACAGCAUUAACUGCUCCAGUCACUUGGUGCUAUCCAAUGACAGCCUAUUUGGCAAUUCUUACUGCCUAUUAUUUGAGAACUUAUUACCCCCCAAAAACUAAGUGCUUUGCAAACAUUACUAUUAAUUAUAGCAAAUAUAUACUUUGGACUUACCAUGUGCAAGUCUUUGCUAAGGGCUUUAUGUGCAUUAUUUUCAUUUAAUCCUAUGAGAUUGAUGAUUUGCCAAUUUUACAGAUGAAAAAACAGACAUAGUAGUUAGGGGUUGGUGGUGUUUUGUUUGUUUGGAGACAGAGUCUCACUCUGUCGCCCAAGCUGGAGUGCAGUGGCACAAUCAGGGCUCAUUGCAGCCUCGACAUCCCAGGCUCAAGCAAUCCUCCCUCCUCAGCCUCCCUAGUAGGUGGGACUACAGGCGUGUGCCACCACAUCGGCUAAUUUUUGUAUUUUUUGUAGAGACAGAGUUUUGCCAUGUAGCCCAGGCUGGUUUUGAACUCCUGGGCUCAAGCCAUCCGCCCACCUUGGCCUCUUAAAGUGCUGAGAUUACAGGCAUGAGCUACCUGCCCUGCCUGUAGUUAGGGUUUGGACACAUUCUGCCUGACACCAACAUCUAUCCUAACAGCCAGAUUACAUAGCCUCUUUGUAGUAAUAAAUGUUGAGUGAAUGUGUCAGUGAACAUUGCCAGGGUAUACAUAUUUUUUUAAUUGUAAACUAAAGAGAGCAAUCCACUGUGCCCCAGCACCUGCAUCAUACCUGCUCUAAAGCAUUUACCAAGUUGUAUUGCAAUGGUUUGUCUACACAGCUAGUUUUCCCUGUAACGACUUCCUCAAGGCCAGGGGCUAUGUCUUACUCGUUUUUUUAUGUCCCCAGGGAUUAGCUAGUUCUUGGGAAACAACUGGGACUUGGGACUCAAAACAGUUUGCUAAGUGAAUGAAUGAGAGGCCCAGUCAAGCUACUUCCCUUCAGUGCUGCACAGUGCAACAAAUAACCAGCUCAGAUACAGGUUCAAAGACCACAGGCUUCUCCCUGGACAGCUCAGCUCUCCUCAUAACUCCUGAGAAACCCUGGACAUGCCAGGGUGUACUACGGAGUGGUUGCAUCCGGAAGAGGGGGAGGAAGUCCCAAACACUAAGUAAUCCAGGUUUGGGUUGGAAAACAAGGUUGAAGUUACUCAUUAGCAGGUGAAAGGGUCAAGGGUCGAAUGCAAGGGAGCUGAAAGCAGAGUGGACUAAGCAGCCAGUAGGGGAGAGAGCAGUUAAGGCACACAGAGCACCAGCUCCCUCCUGCCUGAAGAUGUUCCCCCAAAUUUGGGCAGCUCUGCUCUACUUCUAUGGUAUUAUCCUUAACUCCAUCUACCAGUGCCCUGAGCACAGUCAACUGACAACUCUGGGCGUGGAUGGGAACGAGUUCCCAGAGGUCCACUUGGGCCAGUGGUACUUUAUCGCAGGGGCAGCUCCCACCAAGAAAGAGUUGGCAACUUUUGACCCUGUGGACAACAUUGUCUUCAAUAUGGCUGCUGGCUCUGCCCCGAUGCAGCUCCACCUUCGUGCUACCAUCCGCAUGAAAGAUGGGCUCUGUGUGCCCCGGAAAUGGAUCUACCACCUGACUGAAGGGAGCACAGAUCUCAGAACGGAAGGCCGCCCUGACAUGAAGACUGAGCUCUUUUCCAGCUCAUGCCCAGGUGGAAUCAUGCUGAAUGAGACAGGCCAGGGUUACCAGCGCUUUCUCCUCUACAAUCGCUCACCACAUCCAACUGAAAAGUGUGUGGAGGAAUUCAAGUCCCUGACUUCCUGCCUGGACUCCAAAGCCUUCUUACUGACUCCUAGGAAUCAAGAGGCCUGUGAGCUGUCCAGUAACUGACCUGUAACUUCAUCUAAGUCCCCAGACGGGUACAGUGGGAGCUGAGUUGUUGGAGGGAGAAGCUGGAGACUUCCAGCUCCCACUCAAGAUAAUAAAGAUGAUUUUUCAAGCCUCAUCUCA